AUGUAUGAAGAGAUGGCCCGCAUGACUGAAGAGAUUCCUCGCCGCUGCUCUCUGCCUUCUCUCAAAUCAUCUACCAGCAUGACUAGCAUGGGAUCCUCCGACGUGGGUGAAGAGCGUCGACUGCCUCCCCUCCCUCAAAUCUUGCCUCUUCCUUCCCGUGGUCCCUUCAACCCAUUCAACGCCAAAGAUGCCCUAGUUCCCACCACCCCCGGGCCUCAGGAUACCUUCCAAUUCAAGUCACCAUGGGCAGCUGCCGAGCACAUUGUCGCUCCUCCUUCACCGGCUAACUCGGCCGAAAGCUCCUGGCAAGAAUCCUUUGCCAUGCAAAAGUCUGGUGCAGGAGACUGGCCCAAUGACCUCUCUCCGAACGAGAUCAUGGCCCUUGUGGCCCCGCAGAACCUCAACCGCAAAGCCCCACUACAGCAGCUCUGUGGCCGUAAGCGCAAGGGCAGUGCUCAAUCUAACGAAGAUGAUCAGCGCGAGAAGCACCGCAUCGCCGAGGGCAAUCGCCGUAGCAACCUCAGCGAGCUGCACCGCCAGCUGGACAGCCGCAUCCACGACUUCUUCCUCGAGCGUGCAGGCUGGAACCCUUCCAAGAGCCUUACUCAAUCCAAGGAACACAUUGUGCAAGGAGCCAUCUACCUAGUGGACUUCAUGCUUGCCAUUAUUGUCCACCUCAUCCGCCAGGAACAGGUCACACCGCAGCUCUCAGAGAAGCUGCAGCCCCAGGUCCGCUGCAUGCAGUUACAGCAAUUGGUCAGCUCCCUGCAGCAACAGAACCAGACCGCCCAGCAGCAGCUCAAGGCCACCAAGGCCGAGAAUGAGAUGCUCGCUGACCGCAACCGCGCCCUUGAAUUUCAGCUCAAGUCCUACGAGCAGAUGUUCCGCUCCCCCAAGGCUGAAAGCACCAGCCCCGGCCCUGUUCUCGAGUUCCCGGAGCACAAGCGCCAGAAGAAGAACGGCCUCCCUGGUCUUCGGGUAUUAUGUGGCGAGAUUGCUGCCAACAUGGGCUCCGAGCCUUCAUCCGCUGUUGCCUACCAUGACUCUUUGCCCAGCUCUACCUCGCAGUCUUUCAAUAGCUCCUACCUCACUGCUACUCCACCCAUGACUGGUCCUUCCUCGCCUGCCUUCCCUCCUUCCCACGCUUCCUCCUUCACAUUUCCCUCUGGGCCUCGUCGCCACUCUCUCAUCGGGUCUCCAUAG